GCUGUUCCAGACUAAGUGCAGCAGCUGCCUGAAGGCCAUUGCUCCCUCUGAGCUGAUCAUGAGGGUCCUGGAGAACGUUUACCACGUCCAGUGCUUCUCCUGCUGCGAGUGCGAGCGGCGCCUGCAGCGAGGAGAUGAGUUUGUCCUCAAGGAGGGGCAGCUGCUCUGCCGAAGUGACUACGAGAAGGAGAAGGAGAUGCUAAGCUCCAUCAGCCCAGCACCCACUGAGUCUGUUAAAAGUGAGGAUGAAGAGGGUGGCCACCCCCAGGGCAAGGGCAGUGAGGACAGCAAAGACCACAAACGCUCCAAGCGCCCACGCACCAUCCUGACCACCCAGCAGCGUCGGGCCUUCAAGGCUUCCUUUGAGGUGUCCUCCAAGCCUUGCAGAAAGGUAAGAGAGACCUUGGCAGCAGAGACGGGCUUGACCGUGCGGGUGGUACAGGUGUGGUUCCAGAACCAAAGAGCCAAGCUCCAGAUCCUCAGCCAGCAGCAACAGCAGCAGCAGCAGCAGCAGCAGGAGCAGGACCAACUGGGCAACCCUCGUCUGGGGAGCGGGAGAGGAACCGAUGGCUCAAGUGUCCACGGCCUGGAUGGACUCAUGGUCCCUUACCCCAGGAUCCCCCAGCAGCAGCUGCUGCCCCUGGAGCAGAGCAGCUACAGCACAGACCUCUACAGACAAGGGCUGACCCCACCCCAGCUGCCUGGAGACCAUCUGCACCCCUACGACUCUGAAGGAGUUUUCCACGACAUGGACAACGACAGCCUGAGCCACUUGGGGGACUGCCUGAUGUCCACACCUGAAGCCAACCUUCUCCAAGCCCGUGUGGGCAACCCCAUUGACCGACUCUACUCCAUGCAGAGCUCCUACUUCACAUCCUGA